AUGGCUCCAGCUCUUACUAUUACACGCGACAUUGAGGAAAUUUCCAGCAAACUCGACAAAACCAAGUGGUUUUCACCUGACGGAAUUUCAAUCACCAUCCCUGAACAUCAACUUGCCGGUGCCAAAUACCCCGACUACUUACCAGUCUGGGACCCAAGGACGGUGAACCAACUCAGUGUCGGUGACCCAAACUACGUGGAUCCAGGCACCCGCGCUGAUCCGGAAUUACCGUUAUUGAAAGCCAAGGGUGUUGUGAUCAAGGAUUUGACGCCUAAAUUUGGCUCAAUUGUUUCGGGCAUCACCUUAACCGAGUUAAGUCCGGAGGAGAAGGACGAGUUAGCGUACUUGAUUGAGUCCAGAGGGGUAGUGCUGUUUACCGACCAAGAAUCUUUCAAGGAACAGAAACCAAAGGAAGCAGUCAAGUUUGCUGAGCACUUUGGCCCGUUGCACAUCCAUCCGACUGCCGGUGCUCCAAAGGGCUCCCCUGAAGUGUUUAUUGUCCACAGAUACAAAGAAGGGCAUUCCUACGAAAACGGAAGCUUCGCCGACCGUGUAUCCACUAUCACCUGGCACUCGGAUAUUUCCUUUGAGAAGCAGACCCCAGGUGUCACCUUUCUCACCAUGUUGGAAGGCCCUACGGUUGGUGGUGACACCCUCUAUGGUGACACCGUCGCGUUAUACGAAUCUUUGUCUCCAGUGAUCCAGGAGAAGUUGAAGGCGUUGAGAGUGGUACACUCUGGAUCGCACUUUGAGGCGGUGGCUAAAAAGAACGGUGGUCUUGUCAGACAUAUCCCGGAUGUUUCGGUGCAUCCGUUGGUCAGAUACCACCCUGUGUUGAAAAAGCACUACUUGUAUUUUAACGGUGGCUUUGUCAGGGGUAUCGAGGGGUUGAAGAAGGAGGAGUCUGACUUUGUGAUUGACUUCUUAAAGACCUUGCAGAUUCAAUCCGCUGAUUUUCAGGCGAGAAUUAAGUGGGAACCAAAUACAGUGGUUGCUUGGGAUAACAGAAGAACAACUCACACAGCCCUUGUUGAUUUUGUGUCUGAUCAGAGACGCCACUUGUUCAGAUUGACCACUUUGGCCGAAAAGCCUUUCACCGACCCCGAAGACGCGUAA